AGAAACUAUAGUAGGCAAGGAUAGUGCGUACUCAAAUCCGUUCGCGUUUUCAUCGUAAUCACGUACAACAUAGAAUUCGAUAAAUCGCCCACCUUUGAAAAUUCCAGCACGUGAAGAAGAUAUGGGUUCCUUUUAUGACUCGUCCAGUUUGAACACCUUCCACGUGAUGUGCUUGGUUUUCUGGAGCUUUAUUGGACCUUGUAGACCUCUGCAGUUUGAUUUAAAACCGAUGUCAACGAGAUGCUUGUCUGAGGGCGUUCAGAAGGAUGAAACUGUUCUAGUUCGGUUCAACGUCACCUUGGCUCAUGAUCACUUCAUCAAGAAGCCUGAAACGGAAGAAGUGGUGGACGCUUCCCAUCCAGUUCCAGCAGUGCACAUCACUGCAACAGACCACUCAGGACAAAUCCUGGCAAAGAGACAGUACGUAAGAGGACCGGGUUCCUUCCUCAGUACUUCGGACUUCCGGGAAGCAGUGACCAUUUGCUUCGCGUCCAUCGCCCUGAUUGGCCCCGAAAAGACGCUCUCUGACGCAGACUUUUCAGCCCUCAUCGUAGCUUCCUCGAAUCCGGACUCGUUCGUCUUGAACAUUCGCCUGGACGUUGAUCACGAUAAUAAUAACGCAGCAGAAGCGAAUCGCGAUCAAGGCAGUACCACGACCAUAAAGGAAGAUUUGCUUUUGAGGAAAUUGCUUUUGGAUACGGAUGCGAUUGCCAAGAGGUUCGCGGCGAUGAUUGAAAAUUGUGAGGAGUUUCACGGAUCCCACGAAUUCACCAAGAAGCGAUUCACUAAUUUCUGCGCAAUCAGCCUCGCUGGACUGUUUUCAGUAACCAUUUGGCAAUUCGUAUGUCUUGUAAAAUUAUUUUCCCAUAAACAGCUUCUUUAAUCAAUUUCUACAAUAUUGCUGAUGGGGCUAUAUAUUCCGGAACAUGACUAUAAUAUCUAGUGACAUCUAUCCUGGAAAUAACAUCCCUCUCCCGAACAUUUCGUUCAUUUGCCUAGAGAUUACAGCAGUAACAUCCAAAAUAAAGAGCGUCUCAUUUCUUCCAAUCAAGGUACAUUACUGUAUUCAAAUCUUGAGCAAAAAUCCUUAAAAUUCUUUGAGAUCUAUCAAAUGAGAACUAUUUGAAUAAAAAAUCAUUUUUAAAUUCUUGAAAAUCCAUUGCAUCAAUUUCAAAAAGUCUCAAAACUUAUGAACCAGCCCUCUUAUUAACUCAUGUCCUGAGGACCACGUUUUUUUCAAAUUCUUGUUCUCAAGAGCAGAACAUCAACACAACAUUUACACAGAUGGACUCUCUCAACAGAACAAAAUUGUUGUAGCAAAAAUUGCACUUAAGCUUGUAGAGAACCCCAAUACCAUGGGGAGAGACCCCUG